GGGAGUGUGACUGGCAUCCAUAAAGGGGUGGGAAGUCAGUGUGUCACACAGAGGGGCGGAGAUGUAGCUGACCACUGGGCGGACAACACCAGUGGGAUGUCUAGAGGGAGAGGAUGCUGGACACAGUGCAGGGAAGGAGCUGGGGAAAAGGAUUGAGAGGCUAAGGGAGACCUUUGGAAUGAUUCUACCAAUACGAAAGGGACUCUACGGAAGGCUUACUUGGCUUCUGUUUCGGAAGAGGAUAGAGCUCAGAUUCCUGAAACUAGCUUAGCCCAAGGCAGGUGUCAGUACAACUGAGAAGAUAAUAAAAACUACUGGCUGAGAGAGCAAGCAGUUGUGUACUGAGGCAUCCAUUUUACACAAAGACCUGGAAUGGAAAGGAGAGACUUCUGGGUGACAGACUUGUAGAUUCGUUAUCUCUAGUUCUUCCACUUGCACCUGGUCCUGUUGUUGAGCAUCUCCAACAUCUGCGCUGUGUCUCUUCAUUCCUUCUAUGACUUUAUCUUCAAGACAAGGUUCAGGCGGCAACAUGAAGUUCAUCAUCUUAUCUACCUUGCUCAUGGUGGCUGGUGCUGUUCUAUUCUCUGUGGAGCAACUGAAGGAAACAGAUAACCUCCUCUACUUAAUGUACCUGAAUUCCAGUUACAAGUCCUGCCUGGGCACUCUGAUUGCCCCGCAGUGGGUUCUGACCGCUGCGCAGUGCUUCUUACCAGAUCUUCAGAUUAUCUUUCAUGGUGGUUCUAAAAACAUUCAAGAAUUUGCUGGGGAAAUACUCCCCUAUGAGAAGAUCAUAAUUCACCCAAACUUCACUGCCACUUCCCCUAAAAAUGACCUUAUGCUGAUAAAGCUGUCAGUUUAUCUCUCCUUCUUCUACAACUUGGAAUUUCAAUUGCCUACUUUGGACACGCAUGAAGUUAGUAGUUGCUUGAUUCCUACCUGGAUACCAAAUAAAGAAUUUAAGGGAAAUUCAGAGUUACUCCAGCAUACCAUUAAAACUACAAGGCAUCCUGAUGCAAACUGCACAAAAUUGCUGGGUGAGAAAUUUCUCAAAGGCACAUUCUGUAUGGGAUUCCUACUAGGAAACAAAGAAUACUGCCAGGAGUUCAAAGCUGCACCAGCUAUAUGUGGCGACCAGUUACAAGGGAUCAUGUCUUGGGAAACAGGAUGUUCUCUGAUGGGAUACAUUACUGUCUUCACCGAUGUUUACAGCCACCUUCCUUGGAUCAACAGCAUUAUUAACACACCAUAAGCUGACCCAAACCUCCAUGGACACAGUUAACUCCCAACUGAUCAAACACGAUCUAUGGAGACCACACUGGGUAUCUGGUCCCAACCUUUGUGAGGACCUAGGUUAACUGAAACUUCAACAGGAAUUGUGGAUAA